UCUUCCUUCCUUCCACACUUCUCUGAAAGAGGUCGACAGUUUGUUUAGUAACUUAGCGCAUAACUUAAUCCAUCACACACUAACCCAUGGCAAAGCAACACUUCUGAGACAAGAAGUCAACCCUCUCUAUCCACUCACCCAUACAAACCAACUCAAAUUCAAACCCACUUCCCACACGACCUUUACACAGUACACACACAACCUAACCUCAUCGCACUCCUUCAAAACCUGAGAGUUACCAUCAAACUCCCCUGAUCGAAGAAAAUCGAAUGGCAUCCGGAGUAAACGACUCACGAUUCAAGAUUACACAACUCAAGCAGGCAGGCAGUUACAGUCAGUACUGAGUACGGAGUGCUGAGCACAGUAGGUCCUUUCGCAUACUUUGCACUUUGCACAUCGCACAUGGAUGACCCGCAAUCAAAUGUGUUCGAAUAAACAAAGUUGAAAUCCACUCCUGCUCCCAAAUUAUUCAGUUCCCCACCGAAACGACCAAAACAACCCUUCCAACGAAAACGUAUUGCGAAAGAAGACCGCACACCGCAGCACUCGACUCGACCAGACCACCUCCAUCCACCUGCAGUUCAACCUAGUGACAAUUUAUAUCGUCGAGAAUAGAAUUAUUCUUCCCCUUAAAGUGGAAAAGCGGAAUAUUAUUUUAAAUCAAAUUAUUACAAUUUAAUUCAUCGUCAGUUAUUUGAAUCUUCAUUCAACUUUCAUGUCAUCUGGCGGUGUUGCCAUUCGUUUGGCCCAGUCUCAAUCUCAUGGACCUCUUUUGAGAACGAAUACAGCGCCUGUAUUCAACAAUCGAAGCGCCGAGGGCAACGGAACUGGUUUGAGUCAAACAAUGAGCCAUAACUCAAGAUCGUCGCAGCUCACGGGCUCGACUGCUUUCACCACUUCCUCUACGACUUCAUUAAAUUCUUUAUCUACUUCUGCGACACUUGUUCCAGCCCCGCUGGCGAUGCCAGUACAGGGCGGAAAUGUAAUUGCGACGAACAAUAUCAUUAACCAGAGAGCCGACGCCUCAAGAUCACUAUAUCAGAUAUGCGUCAAUUUACGACUGAGAUUAGCACAAGUUCCGGGAUUCAACGGCCAUUUUGUUGACUCGGACGAUGAAGACGAAGCCGAGGAGGAUAUGGACCCAGUGUCCUCGCUUUGGCGCUGUUUGCGAAAAGGUACUCCUCUGGUGACGCUGUACAACACCCUCAAACCAGCAGAGCCUCUACCGCUGCCCGAUAAUAAGAUGGCCGAGCCAAAGAAAUCCAAGAUGGCAGCCUUCAAAUUUGUUGAAGCUUGUAUGAAGGAUCUACAAAUCCCCCCGGGUGACGUUUUUGCUCUAUCAGACCUUUUUGGUGAUGACACGACUGGUUUCGUGAAGGUACGUUUGUCUCUAUUGUGGUUUUGCGUGGGCAUUUCUAUGACCUCAAGAGGGCUUGGCACAUUCCGAGGUCGUCGCUUCUUUUCAUAUGGAAUCCUGGGAUGAGUCAAGGGAUAACAUGUGAAGAUGGGUCAACGUCCUUCUAGAGUUGUAUUAGAAGUCUGCGAGCGUUUGCGCUUAUAGUAUCUUCAAUUACAACAUCGUUCUAAUUGCAAAACAUGAGAAACCCCACUUACCAAUUCGGACAGGUUACCCAAGUUAUCAAUAUCGUUCUCGAUGUGGCUCAACAACGUGGCCUGCUCCUCACAUCGCAGGCCGAGGAUACCAGCGAGAGUGCCACGGCGCCUGGGUCCAAGAUGAGUUAUAGGCAGCAUGUAGUGCGGGAAUUAGUCGACACGGAACGUAAAUAUGUCCAAGAUUUGGAGAAUCUACACGAAUUAAAGAAGACAAUCGAGCAAAAGGGCGUAAUUGCAGGCGACGUCGUGCACGAUAUAUUUCUCAACAUUAAUGCGAUCCUUGACUUUCAGCGACGAUUCCUCAUCAAAAUCGAGACUACAAACUCUCAGCCGGUCGAUAAACAGGAAUGGGGCCUGCCUUUCAGGAAUUAUGAGGAAGCAUUCAGCAUUUACCAACCAUUCAUUGCAAACCAGCGGAAGGCGGCGACUAUAGCGAAAGACAACUUUGACAAAAUCACCAUGGCAGAUCACCCUGUCGUUGUGGACUUCAAUACUCUGGAUGGUUUCCUCCUGAAGCCGAUGCAACGUCUAGUAAAAUAUCCUCUUUUGUUAAAGGUACAUCACGCUCUACAUUUUGGAGUUACUUAACGCUAAAGUGAACAGGAUCUUCGAGACAAAACGAAUGCUAGUGACGAGGCGAAAGAAGAUCUCACUCUGGGUAUUGAGGCGUCGAAUCGUGUGCUCCACCAGGCAAAUGCCGCGGUCGAUAGGGAGCUCAGAGGUGAAGCUUUGUUGGAUCUUUGUGGCCGCGUGGACGAUUGGAAAAACCACAGAGUUGAUCAUUUUGGUGACCUGAUAUUGCAUGGUCAUUUCCCCGUGGUUACUGGGAAGAGUGACGUUCAGAAGGAGGUGUGUUUCCCUCUUUCCCAUGAUCAAGUAUCACCCAAUACUUACGAACCUGAGCAGUAUACUAUUUAUCUCUUUGAGCGCAUUCUCCUCUGUUGCAAAGAGAUUAAUCCAAACAAGUCCAAAGAUAAACUCAUGGGAAAUCAAAAGGACAAAAAAGACCGGAAGGAUAAGAACAAGAUAAAGGAAAAGGAUAAGAACGCCAAACUACAGCUCAAGGGUCGCAUUUUCAUGACUAACGUGACGGACGUGGUGUCAUCUGCCAAGCCAGGUAUAACAUUGUCAUCUCUUCACAUCCGUAGAAUUGUUCGCUGAUGAUUUCGCAGGUUCUUACACAGUUCAGAUAUGGUGGAAGGGAGACCCAGGGGUUGAAAACUUCAUCAUCAGAUUUUCUAAUGAAGAGACCAUGAAGAAGUGGUAUGAAGGUGUCGAUAAGCAAAAGAAAGAACAUGCCAAUACUGGCGCGCAAGCAAGCGCUAGUCCAGAUACAGCACCAGAGUUCGGAUGGGCGCGUGAUCAAAUUGCAUCAAUGCCUAAUCCUUACGCUCAGCAAGAGGAAGAAGAUGAAGAGGAAGAAUACAACGGUACGACCGCAUAUGGAUCUCCGCCAAACUCCGGAAUGCCCCCAAAUUUUGGAAUGCCUCCAAAUCCUAGCAUGGCUCGAAAUUCAUCUAGUUCUAGCCUACGUUCGAGAUCCGCAACUACAGAAAGCAAUCAGCCUUUAGCUGGCAUUGCAAGAGCACCAGCGCCACGUUUCCCGGUUGGUAUGGGCAUAUCCCCGCCCCUCAGUUUACAGACUCAGAUGUCUGGCUCACUGCCGUCUCCUGGUCAAAGAUUGGGGGACUCGUACUUUUCGCCUAUCGGGGAGUCACCAGCAUCCUCCGCGCGAACAAGCACAGCUUCUUCUGCAAUGUUCCAAUUCCCUCAGACAUCUCAAUUCCCACGUCAACCUACAUCCCAGGGGUCCUGGGAGGACAAUAAUCGUUAUACCGCACCUGCAAUUGGUCGCGUACCGUCGAGGGAAAGCCAAAAUUCCAUAAGCGGUGCUUCUUACCAGAUGAAUGGCCGAACACCGCAGAGGCCAUCACUUCCUGCCAUGGCUUCACAAUCACAGGCUGCAGCUGCACAACAGCGGAGUCGCUCAUAUAGCACCCCUGACAUCAAUGCUCAGCAGGGUGUUCGCCGUUUGCCAAACGGAGCUAUGAGCACCCCGCAAGGCCAAGUUCCCGCCGUUCCCGGUAUUCCGGCACACCUGCACCCAGCUUAUGAUGCUGGCGUUUCCAGAUCCCAGAAUAACUCUCCGAGUGGAUUGCCAGUAAGGACAAACACCCAGUCGCCUGGUGCCCAAAGAGAUCGUCAGCAGCAACAGCAGCAGCCACCGCAAUAUGCCAAUGGGUUACAGUAUCCAAAUGGUCCACAAACCCUUGGCGCGUCACAGCCCACUUAUGUUCGCAAUAAUACGACUCAGAUUCCAUUAAACGCACUCGAUAACCGCCUGCCACCAUCAUUGAUAAGCGGUAAUCUUCCACCGGAAGGUGAUAUGUUGUUACCGACACAGCUUAAAGUGAAGGUAAACUGUGAUGGUAACUAUGUUACUUUGGUGGUGGCCUUUAACAUCACAUAUCAAUCCCUUACGGAUCGCAUAGAUGCUAAAGUUGGAAGAUUUUCGACCAAUGCUAUUGCUCGAGGUACCAUGAGGCUACGUUACCGUGACGAAGAUGGCGAUUUUGUCACUAUUGAGUCAGAUGAUGACAUCCAAAUCGCAUUCCAGGAAUGGAGCGAGGCACAGAAAUCACAAUAUCAUUAUACCGGGCAACUUGGGGAGAUUGAGUUAUUUUGUUUAAGCAAUGAGGGUGAGCGUUGAAUGGUGGGACGAGGAAAUAUGAAGUGGAAGCAUUGAUGGAUAUGGAUUUACAUGGUUUAUCUUGAUAUAUCAACAUUAACAUUCAUGGACGGGAGGUUUAUGAUUACACGUUGCGAUGACGAUAAAGGAAGGUUUAGGGGUGGGAAUAUGAAGUCGGGUUUAUUGCUUCUUGCACAAAGGUGUUAUUUGGCGCUGGCGUACUUUGCAAACGGCGCCUAUGCAUGG